GGCAAGCGCGGCAGGGGAACUUACAACGAAGCUCCACUCGAAUGGGAUAAAUACAACAAUAUUAACGCUCCGAUUAGCCGAUUUGUGUGCGUGCGAGCGAGCCCUGGACUGGAGGAGACGGAAAAUGCACUUCUAACACCCAAUAUCAGCGUCGUUUUCUCCUUUUUGGACAACGGAACCGCUCGACGCGUACUCAAGUUUUCCUCGAAGUGCACCUGAAGAGGAUUUUUUUCGGGGGCCAGGGACGGACAACAUGGGGAGCGAACAAUACUUACCGGAGCUUCAGGCGGAGAAGGAAAUGCUCGACCCGGCUUUCCAGCACUCUCUGCGGCUACUGGAGCAAGAAAUCGACAAGAUCCAGAAGGACGAAGGCAAGGAGGAAGAAAAAUUCAUCGACGUCGUCAUCAACAAGAACAUGAAACUGGGCCAGAAAGUUUUGAUACCAGUCAAGCAGUUUCCUAAAUUUAACUUUGUGGGCAAACUUCUCGGGCCACGUGGGAACUCGUUAAAAAGGCUACAGGAGGACACCCUCACAAAAAUGUCCAUUUUGGGCAAAGGGUCCAUGCGAGAUAAAGAGAAGGAAGAAGAGCUGCGCCAAAGCGGCGAGACCAAAUAUCAGCAUCUCAACGAAGACCUGCACGUUCUCAUUGAGGUUUUCGCCCCGCCGGCUGAGGCCUACGCCAGGAUGGGUCAUGCCUUGGAGGAGAUCAAGAAGUUUCUCAUACCAGAUUACAAUGAUGAGAUCAGACAGGCCCAGCUGCAGGAGCUCACGUACCUGAAUGGAGGCUCAGAGGAUGCCAAGGUACCAGCGGUGAGGGGCAAGUCGGCCACCCGUGCAAGAGGGACACCUGUGCCAGGACCUCCCAGGAGUCGAGGAGGAGUACCCCCUUUGCAUGCAGCCAUGCCCAGGGGAGCAGCACCCAGAGGAGCUCCACCCAGCCGCACAGCAUCUACCAGGGGGAGGGGAGUGCAACGGGCCAGGGGAGCCCCCCCAGCGACCGGCUACCGACCAGCUCCACCCAUUGUCCAGGACACCUAUGACGAAUAUGAUUACGACGACGGCUACGGAACUGCGUACGACGACCAAGGAUACGAGUCCUACGAUAACAACUACACCAAUCAAGGGCAAAGCUCAGACGACUACUAUGAAUACGGACAAGGCGGCGAAUCCUAUGAAUCGUACGGUCAAGAGGAGUGGGCAAACAGUCGCGGGAAGGCGCAGUCGGCGAGGACGACCAAGGGAGCGUACAGAGAGCAGCCGUAUUCCAGAUACUGAACUGUGUCACGGCCCGCACCGGACUCCUCGUUGCAGUUCCAACCCAAGUAAUGGAUUUUUUUUUUUUUUUUUAAUGGAUGUCCCCACAAUUUUUUAAAAAUGAAACCUAAACUAUGGAAUUUAAAAAUCAGAACAUCUGAGGAAGGACUGAAUGAAUGAGAUCAGGGAAGUCCCACUGCCUCACAGAGGAGGUAUAUUAGGGCUCCACUGAAAAGUAAAAAAAAUAUUAAGAGAAUAAAAUCAUGGUCAUGUAGUUGAAGCCCCAAUCUAAAAAGUUUUAUAAUUGCCUGAUUCCACAAAAUAGUAGCAAAGCACUACUAAUGAAGCUCCUCAGCUUGCGUCAACAUAGUUCCUAGACCCCAAGAUGCCACUAGAUGGCGCAGAAUCAAUAUGUUUUUGAAAUUUCUGUAAAUAACGGAAAAUAGGUCCCCUAAGAAAUCUGCAAUUCACCGUAACAUAGUUCCCACACAGAACGUAAAUUGGAUAUGAUGGCGUACGCUCUGACAUAAUAUCUUUUCACUAGGGUGUGCCCCAGGGCUCUGUUGUAGGUCCCCUUUUUACUUCAAUAUUUUUUCCAGAAACUCUGACCACUAUGUAAUAUAAGAGUUGACUUUCCUUUGCUCCAAAAUUCAUCUUUAUUCUCAGAAUAUUUUCUUCUUUUCGGUGUGGGCCUCCCGCUGUCCUUGUAACAAAAACCUUACUCCCGCUGAGUAAUACAAUUCAGGAUGCCCUUCCAUCCUGCCGAAAAUCAACAGACAUGAAUCAAUGUGUUUUGAGUUUCUCAAGUUUGUAUUAAGCUAAUUUCACUUUUGUAGUAGUCGCGGUGAGCCAUCGCAGCCGGAUGCAACUUAAUGUAUCUCCCUCAAUAUACUUCAAUGAAAUCUGACGAUAUAACGGUUAGUACUAGGACGUAUUGUAGAUAUUUUUUUCUUGAGGAGUAAUUGGAAAUGUGAACCUUGUAAAAUAUGCAUUUUGAAAAACACAAGUCAUCCUGUAUACAUCUUGUAUUGCUGUUUCUUGUUUUUUUUUGUAAGAUAUACUCGUAGGUCGGUGUUAAAGGGCUUAUGAAAGCAUGGCGUGCAAUGUGGAUGUUGUCAGCUGUUUUCGUCACGAUACAAUUGUGUUUAUAAACCUCUUUAAUACGUCUAAUAAAUAGGAAUUUAACAUCAAACACUCUAAUCCCAACAAUAGUCCAAAGGCUUUUGUCAUUUGUGAGUUUUAGGUUACUGUUGUUGGUUUUUUUUUGCGCUUAAAUGGGUCAUUUUGACAUGAUGAUAGAAUAGAAAUUCUAAGGCCUAAUUAUGAACUUGACUAACUCAUAUGCUUGUGAAUAUGUCCCCCUGCCCCUCCUAAGUUAGACUCGUUUGAUUUUAUUUAUUUAUUUUGAGCUUAUAUAAGCCCUUUAAUAUUUCCCUCUUGC